CGAACAGGCUCUGCCCAUCUGUCGUGGGAAGCAGAGUCCUCCAUGGAUUUUAGUUCCAUUGUGAGAUACUCUCCCAAUUUCACUGCAAUUCUGACUCUUAACACAUACAUAUGGAUUUGAAUUUCAAUUCUAUAUAAAUAAUUACGCAAGGCCUUCUAUUCUGCCUCACUUUCUCUGUCAAUUUUCCCGAGAAAAUAAUUAACAAAUAAUACUGACCAGCAGCCAUGAGAAAUCCCUUCCACCAGCCUUCACUUCAACUCUACGCUUUCUUCAUCCUUUGCAUAAUCACUCUGUCUUCGAUACGCGCUUCUCACUCUUUAUGUCUCGGCGAUAUAUGUAGAUGGCCUCGGGUCCCAUCUGAAAUUUAUGGUGAAGUAUUUCACUCACCUCGAGCUUUCGAGAAGGAUUAUAAUUAUAUGAAAAGGAACUUGAAGAUCUUUGUAUACCCAAUUGAUGGCUAUUGUCAUGACCCUAUAAGGCAUUUCGGGUUUGAGCAUGCUAAAUUUGAACCAAUGCAUUAUACUGAAAGGACAUUCUUUAAUAAUUUAGUUGAUAGUCAGUUCUUCACUGCAAAUCCAGAUCAGGCUCAUCUCUUCUUUAUUCCUAUUAAUUGUCUUCAGGGAGCGAAUAUGAGAGAUACUAUCCAGGAUUUUGUCCAGAGUUUGAUUUUGAAAUAUCCUUACUGGAAUAGAACUUCAGGUGCUGAUCAUUUUUUUGUGGCUUGCCAUGACACUCAUGUCAAAGCAACUGAAGCAAUUCCACUGCUGAAGAACUCAAUUCGAGUUGUUUGCUCGCCGAGUUCUGAUGCUGAAUAUAUUCCAGGUAAGGAUGUUUCCCUUCAACAUAUACAGCCAUUUCUCAGUCCAUCUGGAGGAAAAGGUGUUGAGAACAGGACUUUCUUAGGUUUCUGGGUAGGUACAGUCGAUUCAAUAUUAAGACGUGGAUUGGUAAGUCUUUGGAACGCAGAUAAUGUACUGCACAUCCAGAACAACCACAUGGGUAAGAAUGGCAGCAAACAAAUCAUAUACGGAUUCGGCCAUGAAAAAUUCUACUGGUCUAAGUUCUGUAUCUGUCCGAGGGCAUUUGGUCCGUACGCAUCUCAAUUAGUAGCUACUCGUAUAGCAUUAUCAAUUCAUUAUGGAUGUGUUCCAGUUAUCUUGGACGAAAACUUUGCUCCACCAUUCAGUGACAUUCUUAACUGGCAGAAGUUUUCUGUGAUGCUAGAAAAGAGAAAUGUACAUAAUUUAAAAGAGAUCCUUCAGCGAAUACCAGAUGAUGAAUAUGAAGCCUUGCAGAAGAACACUGUUGAGGUCCAGAAGUACUUAUCCUGGAAAUUUCCACCAGAAAAUUUUGAUGCAUUUCACUUGGCAAUAUAUGACCUGUGGCUGCGCCUUCCCUUAAUUGAUUCGCCCUUGAGUAAAUAUUAUUUCAAUUUAAAUGUGGAAAAAAGCUAUUUAGUAAAAAAAUUGUAACUUUAAAGUAUUAUAUUCCUUACUAUUUUCAAUUUGGAUCCUAAGAACAUUAUGUUACAAUGCUAUUCACAAUUUUGAUAUGCGUUUUACAUUUA